AACUUGCAAAUGGUUGAUGUUCAGCGAUGUGCUUUUUUUGUCGAAAGAAUUUCAAGAAUCACGCGUUUUCUACCAAAAUGAUAAGCUUUUAGCUCUUCAACGCAAUCUGAAAGUCUAUACAUUGUUACAUUUGAAAUAAUAAAGUGAUUUCUCUAGUGUGAUUCCGCUGUGAUAUUUGAAGUCCGGACUAGUAACUUUGUGUUGCUGAACAUUGGUGGUGUUGUUUGGAAGUUUUUAAGAUGACGACGUCUUCAGAGGACGUGCUGCUAAGCGUAGGCCACGUUAGGUACAAGAAAGGAGAUGGAACUUUAUACGUUAUGAACCAGAGAUUAGCAUGGAUGUUGGAAAAUCGAGACACGGUUGCCGUUUCUCACAAAUACGCUGAUAUUAAAACGCAAAAAAUCUCACCAGCGGGCAAACCUAAAGUGCAAUUACAAGUGGUCCUCCAUGAUGGAACGUGUUCGACAUUCCAUUUCGUCAACUCGGCUGGAGCGGAGGCCCAAGCCAAAGACCGGGAUCAAGUGAAGCUGUUGUUGCAGGAUCUUCUGCCUAAAUUUAAGAGGCAGAUUGACGGAGAGCUUGAAAUGAAGUCUAGGUUAUUAUCUCUCCAUCCAACGUUGAAGCAUUUAUAUGAAGAUUUAGUGAUAUCUAAGGUUAUAAGCAGCGAGGAAUACUGGAACACUCCCACACUGAAGCAAUAUACAGAAUCUAAUAAUAUUAAACAAGAAGCAGGUGUAUCGGGAGCAUUUUUAGCUGAUAUCCAACCUCAAACUGAUGGCUGUAAUGGCCUCAAAUACAAUCUCACACAGGACAUCAUAGACGCUAUAUUCAAAACGUAUCCGGCUGUGAGGAAGAAACACAUAGACUAUGUGCCUAGUAAGAUGACUGAAGCCGAGUUUUGGACCAAAUUUUUUCAGUCGCAUUAUUUUCAUAGAGACCGCAUGGCGUCGUCCAGCAAGGACGUGUUCGCGGAGUGCGCGCGCCUGGACGACGCGGCGCUGGCGGCCGCCGCGCGCCGCGCCAAGCUGGACCUCACCGUGGACUUACCUCAGUUCUCGGAAGCCCUCCCUCUGCAGGAAGAGGAGACGGUGGAGCGGGACAAAGCGGACAAUAACUCCAUACACCGCAACAUGAUAAAGCGGUUCAACCAACACUCCAUUAUGGUGCUCAAAGCUAGUCAAAAAACAAAUUCUAGUAAUAGUAAUACAAAUAAUAACAGUAGUAAAACAAAUAACAACAAAGUUGUUGAGAACGGUGUGAAAGAGACGAACGGAGAAAGCAAAGAACUAGGGGAACCUCCAGAGAAGAAGCGGAGAAUAUUGGAGAAGAUACAUUAUGAGGACUUAGAGGACACGGGGGAUAAUGGCGAAGUGCAGGAACUGAAGUUAUCCAAAGUAGAAAGGUACUUGCUGGGCCCGUCGUCUCAGGUCAAUCAGAGUAAUCCUACUCCCAAUAACCAACCGCCGUUAUCUGCCCUAGCGUCUAUAGUUCAGGCGUGGAGCGGCGGAGCGCGGACGGCGGCGCUGAGCGCAGGCGGCGCGGUGUGCGCGCUGGGCGAGCUCAGCCCCGGCGGCGCGCUCAUGCGACAUCACGCGCAUCUCGCGCACACCAUGGCGCAACUAAUCCCGCCAGACGUAAAACGCGAUCUACACCGCUUGUAUCUCUCCUGCGGGGAGCUGCUGCGCGAGCUGUGGCGCAGCUUCCCGCAGCCGGCCGCGCGGCCGGACGACGACGGCGCUGCGCGGGCGCAUAGCUUCUACGAGGCUUUGUUGCGGUUUAGAAAUGUCAAGUUGAGGCCUUUUGAGGAAAAAAUGCUCCGCGAUUUGACUCCCUUAGCGGCGACCCUCACUCGUCACCUGAAUCAAAUGAUCGACACCGCUUGCAACAAAUACGCUAUGUGGCAACAAAGACACGCAAAACUCAGGUAGUAUUCAGCCAGUGUCAAUUUGGACAUACCAUAGACACUGAAGAUAAAUUGUAGGUUAUGGUGAAGAAAAGUUUAAAUAGUGUAAAACAGUGAUCUUUUUAGUGGUCGAUUUUGAAGGUUGAAUGUAAUUCAUUGUCAAAACAUUAUUCGUGAAAACAGUGAUUAAACAAAAAAGAAAAAAGGAAACUAUAGAAUAUGUUAUGUCUUUUGUUCGCUCAUACAAGAAAGAUAAAUACGUAUUAGACUUUAAAUAUUAAAUACAC